AUGAAUCAGCUGAUUGAUGUGGUGGAAAAUGUGGCGAGCGUUAUGCACUGUGCUGCUCAAAGCCACCUAGAAAUGUCCGAGGAGACGAUCAUAAGAUUGAUUGUAGAGCUGACAAAGCGUCUGGAGUCACUCAUCAGAGAGUUGUCCACAACAAACUUGAAAGAGUUAGCAUCCGACUUUCAGCAGAUCUUUGGCGAAGCAGACUCGCCUGCUCUGACUCAGGGACACCUGGACGACCCGGAGUUUAUCAAGCUCUGGUUUCAGGCCAAGCUGAUGCCCCUCCUGCCCUACCCCCCCAAAGACCUCCUGUCCUGCCUCAGCACCAACAACUUCUCCUGCCCAGUUUACCAAACCAUUGUGGAAGCACUCAGCAAUCACACACGCUAUGGGUAUCCUAAUUAUGACAUCUAUGCGCACUUCAUCUAUCCCUUCCUGCUGCAUCACAACACGUCUGACCCACAGUGCAUCUUCUCAGCCAAUGACAGUGCAGAAUGGCUGACAGAAAACUUUGGCGUCUUCUCGACAAUCCCCUCCGUCACUGACUUCUACAAGCUCAACCCAAACUUCUCUGGACUGGAAGUUCUUCACCUCUUGUCUCCAAAACAGAGAGCAGAGAUGCUCCUGCUGCCUCUUCCUACUCCACCCGAGAAAGAAGUUGUUAUUGACGAAGUAUUUGACUUUCUCCUGGAGUCCCCCAGAGAGAGGAGACUUCUGGAGGUCCUGCAAAACCUGAUCUAUCUCACCUAUAAGGUCAAUCCGAACUGCAGUAUCUACAUACAAAUUUUUGAGAGAUUGUACAAAGCCAUACCAAUUCUGCCGCCAGACAUGGAACCAGAUGUCUGGGCUCGCAUUGAUGACCUGAUAUAUGUGGCACCAGUUGACUGUGUGCCGAAGAACUUAACAUGCCCAGUAACCCAGUACAAUGGUAACAUCUGCAGCGGUGUCAACAGCUCUGCUCUUCACUCUUACUUGAGCACAUCUAUGGAAGUUUCCUGCAGUUUUCCCUUGGAGACAUAUGCAUGUGCACAGCUGGAGAACUUCACAGCUAAUCAGCUGGCGUCUCUUCUGAAGUGCAACCUGCCAGAAUACAGCCGGCACUCCAAAGCAUUGUGGAAGAUGCUGCUGACGGAGCUUUCCUUCAUCUUGGACCCAGCUCUGGAAAUUUUGGCUAACAUGUCCAUGGUUGGUCCUUCGGCGUCUGAGGUUUUGGAUGUGAUUGGAGAGAUCAGAGUGUCCAUGCUGACUGACGAGGAACUGAUGGACAGCAGCGUCAUCAGAGAGUGGUUCUCCGGCCAUCUGAGUAGGUUCCUGCCGUUUGCAUCAGGAAGGUUUCUGCGCUGUCUGAGCAACAGGAACCUCGGCUGUCAUUCAUACCAGCAAAUACUGCAGGAAUUUGUCUACCACUUUGAUAACAUGACCUACAAUCAACACUUUGUGGUUCUGAGGAAUUUUAUCUACCAUUUCCUAUCACAGUCACACUCAGGUCCAGGCUGUGUGACUUUCUCUAACAGCAGUGCAGAGUGGCUGAUGAAGAAUCUGGGUCCGUUUUCGCGUUUUUUUUCCAUCCAACAACUGCUUAAUCUCAAUCCCUACUUCAACCCUCUGGAGGUCCUACAACUCCUGACACCACAACAGAGUGCAGAGCUGCUUGUGGUGAUUCUUCCUACUUCUCUCGACAAAGACGCCAUCAUAAACGCAAUUCUUGAUCACCUGACUGAGACUCCUGACAAGACAGGCCUUCAGGAGUUCCUGAUCUACCUCAGUAUAUUUCAUUACCAGGGAAACCUUUCCUGCUCAUCAUACAGAGCACUGUUUACCAGAUUGGACUUGAUCAUGUGGACAGUUUCUCUUCAUACAGCGUCAUCCAUCACGUAUGCCAAGAUGGAGUUAUCCAAGUACAUCCCACCAGGUUGCAUCAUAUACAGCGGAGAGUGCAUUGUUACCAUGACAAACGAGACAGACAUUUGUGUUGGAGUGAACAGCACAACGUUACAGCUCCACAUCGACAGUGGAAAGAUAAACGGACAAGUCUGUGACUUUGCUGUUGAGGAAUUUGCUUGUGCCUCGCUUUCAGCAUUGAAAGCAGAAGAUCUAGUGGCAAUCCUGGCGUGUAAUCACUCCUCCAACUCCAGCGUCUCAAGGCCUGUGUGGAAGCUUCUCCUCUCCAAAGCCUCACAUAUACUGGAUGAGGCUCUGGAUCUUCUCUCCAACAUGACUCUGGACCCCAGGAAUCCUGCACUGUCAAUGGUUUUGGACUCUAUACGAGAAAUCCGACUGGACACGUUCAGCCUCAACAAUCCCGCUGUCAUCCAGCUGUGGUUCAAACGCAGGCUUCGUCCACUCCUGCCAGCUGUUUCCCCGGAGUUCCUCUCAUGUCUCACCACAAAGAGACUGACCUGCAGCAGCUACCAGCACAUAGUGCAGAUUCUGAGCCAUCUCCAGCCACACAUGAAACUUGCCAGGCAGAUUUCUGUCUACACACACUUCAUCAAGGUUUUCUUGACUAGGGAUAACACCACAGACUCCAGCUGCAGCUCAAAUGUUAACAACAGCAGAGAAUGGCUGCAGAAGAACUUGGGAGGAUUCUCUGUCCUUGCGUCCUUCCAGGACCUGCAGAUGCUCUACUCCAACUUUUCAGCGAUGGAAACCUUACCGCAGCUUACAGUCAGGCAGCUGGCAGAGGUUUCCUCCACACCUGGACAGCUCAACUCUCCUAACCAGGUUAUGAUGUUGACGAGACACAUCCCUGACAAAUACCUCUCUGCCUUCUUUGAUGACUUCUCACCUGCUAUCGUGGGUCACGAAAGCAUGUUCCCCUCUCCAGUUAGGUCGGCCAUGUUGCAAGUUGUGUUUGACCGUGCAAACCUCUCCACUCACUCGGUUGGAGAUUCAGUUGUGUCUAUGUGGCUCCAAAAACGGCUGCGCCCCCUGCUGGUCAACCUGUCGCCGCAGCACGUUGCACUGUUCUUUGAUAUGCUGGUGGGAAGAAAAUGCAGCAUCCAGCAGCAGGGAGUUGGAGACCUGAAUUCAACAAUCUCCUCUCUAAGUGAAGAAACCCAGAAAGAAAUCCACAACCACAUUAUUCAGUCUCUCAAAGGACAGAUACCUCUCCACUGCUAUGGGGACAACAACAACCACAGCUUCUACACUUUCCUGGAAAACUCAUUCCUGGGAUUCCAGUUCCCCAACCUGACCACCUUCCUGUCCCUCAUGCCUCACGACAGGAUGCAUCAGUUGGUGAACUCCAUGCCUCCAUCAGAUCUUGGAGAUUUUCUCAGACGCCAUAACGUUAUUGACGACGAUGCAGAGCUCUGUGUGAUCUACAACAACUUCAUCCAGACACCAAUGUUCCUGGAGAGUGAGUCUCUCCCAGCGGUGGUGCGGCGGCCCACACUGCCUUGCGUCUGGCCCAUGGCGCUCAGCAGCUCCGAGAGAUCAGAGGUCGACGCCUGGUUUGAUCGACGCCUCCACAGUUACUUGGAGUUCCUCACAAAGAAUCUGAUCAGCACCAGUUUCACACACAACGCCUCCUGCCUGGCCUUCCAAAAGUUCGUUUCCGUUCUUGGUGAAUACGACUACACUGUUGCAGACUUUAUGAGGCAAGAUGUGUUCAACACCGUCAAGGCGUACCUCACCUCAGAGACGGAACCAAGGUGUUACAACCCCAGCGACCCAGAGCUAAACUCCACAGCCUGGUUUGUUGAGUACAUCGGCCCAUUCAUGUCUUUCCUCACUCUGGAGGAUCUUGAGCUAUUAGGAUCCACGCAGGUUAUCCAGGUGUUCACAGUGAACCCUCUGAACAUCGCCCUCGUCAACGAUACAGACUUACCUCUCAACCUCACAGACUACCUCACCGAGCUCAUUUAUCUACAGGAUGGCAACUUCAACCCCUUACUACUUCCUCUGGUGAUGCGGUGUGUGGCUCCUGGUCCAGCGUUCAGCCAGCUGACUACUGAAGAAAGUAUGAUAGUUCUGCACAACCUGACAACUCUCUGUGCAGAUCUCGACCCACAGAUUUCUGCAGCUUUGGCAGGUAACCUUGGUGACAAGAUCGAUGCAACAGCCAUUUCUGCCCUUGGAAACGAAAGCACCGGCUUGUCUACUGGUCAGAUCAAGACGAUAAAGCCUAAGGACCUGUUUGCUGCCCUCAGCAUUCUCAGCAGUGUGAUGGGCUGGAAUGGAGGUCAGGCCAAGGCCAUCAUCAGGUCUCUGGUGUCCUCAGGGGUUUUGAAGAUCAACGGCACGUCAUCCUUGUUAAUGCUGGGCUCUCUUGUUGUGGGUAUUCCCGCGAAAACAUUCAGCAACAUCAGCGGCUCCCAGUUGAUUACUGCAUCCAAAGACCCUUCAUUUCUAGGACACAUAACAACAGCACCAGAGGUCGUCCAGCAGAGUUUUGUUGCUAAGAUCAUAUCAGUGGACAGCAACAGUGAGGUGAUCAUACAGAACAUUCCAGAUGAAAUGGCCUCUCAGAUUCCUCGUGCGUUGCUGCUGGGCCUCUUAAAUAACACCAACAUUAUCACUGCACUCAACAAAAAGAGAUGGAAAAGGCAGCAGGUUGAGUUGUUCUUUGAAGUACUAGCCACAGAAUCUGCGACGGCAGUGCUAGGAGGUCCAAACAAGUAG